UCCAAGGAGAACAAAGAACCUCCUACCAAAGUUGAAAUGUAUCUAGUUACUCGGAAAAGAAAAGAAGGACGUGCAUAUCAAGACGAUAACAGUAUUAGAGAAAAAAUAGCUCGAAUUGAAGAGUUGCAAUCCAGAGGAGAAAGUGGUGAAAUGUUGGAAGAAGUUAUAACUGAAUUGGGGCAAGAACGACCUGGUCGUGUGUUAUUAAUGGGGAGAGGUGUUACACCAAUUGACUUGAGAGGAAAAGGACCAUCAAAGGAUAACUAUAAAUUUCCAGAGGAGUGCAUUGAAUCCAUAAAAUCAACAUUGGAAAAAGAAGUAGAGGAGAAGUUAGAAGUAGAAAGGGCAAUAAUUGCCCAAAUGAAAGAAGAAUUAGAAGUUGAGAAGGAAAAAAUGACUAAAGAAAUUACUGAAAUGAAAGAAAAGAUGGAAGCUGAAAGUGCAACAAUGGCACAACAGAUCUUGUCAGUGCUUGUGAAUCAAAUAGCACAAGUUAACCCAACUAUGAAUGUGGAUGCACUUGGUUCAUUGAUUACAGGACUUAAUUCACUUCAAGGUGGUUCAACUGUACAAAACAACAAAAGGAUGGUGAUUGAUGAUGCUGGAAAAAGAGUAAACAUUUUAUGAUUACAGAGGAGGCUUGUGAUUUAGGCUUCUUUUGAGGACGUCUUUUAUUUAAGGACAUAAAUUCUCUUUAUUGAUUAUGAUGAGAUAUGUUAAAUGUGUUUAUGUUAAGUACUUAUUAUACAAAUUUGAAUUUCUUGACUUUGAAUUAAAAAUACUUUUGUUACAAUACA